UCAUGAGGGGGUGAGGCCUGUGCUCUCACUUCCACGAAACACAAUCUCAGCAGCCUCGGCUCUCUCCCCUGUGUUUCCUGUCCCCUUCCCAGGCUGCCGAUGGAAGAGCUGGCCCAGGGGACAGUCCAGCUGUCAGUGGUGGGAGGACCCGGCAGCAACAGCAGCAACUGAGGUCUUGCCGGAGCCUGUGACAGGAGUUAGCAGUAUGUGCACCCAGUACUCCUGCAGCGCAUGGUAUCACACAGUAGCCAGCUACCGCCAGGAAGAAGUCGGAAGGCGUCAGCAUUCUUUUGAGAAAAUACAUGAUGGGGGCUGUUUGCUUGAAAGCCACCAGGAUGAAAUUGAUGUAGAUAAUAACACUGAGAAAUAUCUAGGAUGCCAGCAACCACUGGAAUCCAAAGCAAAAAUAAUCCAGAGGGCAUGGAGGGAUUACUUACAGCGUCAGGAUUCCCUGAACACACAAUGUAUGGAUAAGCGGAGUCCUUCCCCAUCCUCUCUGUCCUCAGACAAAAUGAGCAGCUCUAUCAGCAUGAAUACAUUUUCGGAUGGCGGCACUCCUGAUUACAGAGAGGAUGGCAUGGAUUUAGGAAGUGAUGCUUGUAGCCGCUCAAGUUCCGAAUCCAGCUCCAACAAAGUGACCCCUUGCUCGGACUGUAAGUCUUCCCCCAGCCUGGAGCUGGCUGCCCUGGAGGAUUAUGAGGAGGACUUUUUGGUGGAUAAGGUGAGCGAUGAGUGGGAGGAUGAAGACGAGGAGGAGGAAGAAGAAGCUGUUGAUGAUGGAUUUCCUAAGGACAAUUGUUUUGCGAGGACUGCCGCUGGCAGGAGUUUAGCGGAAGAGUUUGAGGACAUUAAAGGAGGUCACCUUUCUGCUAUCAAUGGAAACCCUUCUCAUCGGCACAAAUUAAAUGGAAACUUGGUAACCGGGAAGCCCCCAAAUAGAGCAAAGCACAGCCCUCCUAAACCACAGAAUAACACUGGUAGAUUGCCUCCACUAAACUCAUUUUCUGGUUCAGGGCCCCCUAUGAGGGAUGAAGCCCAGCUUCCUACAAUGGACUGGGAAGCCUUGGAGAAGCACCUUGCAGGACUACAGUUCCAGGAACAGGAGUCCCGGAACCAGAAACAGGCCAGGUCCAACUACACAUCAGCUCAGAAGAAUGAAAGAGAAUCCAUCAGGAAAAAAUUGGCACUUGGGAGUUUUUUUGACGAUGGCCCUGGCAUCUAUACAAGCUGUAGCAAAAGUGGAAAGCCAAGCCUGUCUUCCAGGCUUCAAAGUGGGAUGAACUUGCAAAUCUGUUUUGUAAAUGACAGUGGGAGUGAUAAGGACAGUGAUGCUGAUGACAGCAAAACGGAAACUAGUCUGGAUACUCCAUUAUCUCCAAUGAGCAAGCAGAGUUCUUCCUACUCAGACCGUGACACCACUGAGGAGGAGUCCGAAGCGUUUGAAGACAUGGAUUUUAUCUCCAGACAGAAGAAACUGCAAGCUGAAGCAAAGAUGGCUCUGGCUAUGGUGAAACCCAUGGCCAAAAUGCAGGUGGAAGUGGAAAAACAAAACAGGAAGAAAUCUCCUGUUGCAGAUCUUUUGCCACACAUGCCUCACAUUAGUGAAUGCUUAAUGAAGAGGAGCUUGAAACCUACUGAUCUGAGGGAUAUGACGAUUGGACAGUUACAGGUGAUUGUGAAUGAUCUUCACUCUCAAAUUGAAAGCUUGAAUGAAGAGUUGGUUCAACUUCUUCUUAUCCGAGAUGAAUUGCACAUGGAACAAGAUGCAAUGCUUGUAGAUAUUGAAGACUUAACUAGACAUGCUGAAAGUCAGCAGAAGCACAUGGCAGAGAAGAUGCCUAUGAAAUAAAGCAAAAAGCCAUUGAACAUUAGGAAAAAAAAAGCUAAACUUUUAUUUUGCUUUUGUGGUUGUCAAAUGCGAUGCUAAAGAUGAUACACAAAGAAAAUCAGUGUUAGUCUUUGAUGUCUGAAGCUUUUCGUCCAGUGACUUGGCCUAUGCUUCCUAAUUUAUUUUAACUUUUUACUUGUGCCACUUAAUACGAGGCAUUUUAUUAAGAAACUAUAUAUGUACAGUACUUACGGAAUAUGGAUAAAGAGACAAAUAAUAGUUACAAAUUGUAUUUAUUUUUUUUAAUUUGCAAACUUUGAGUUGAUCAGUAUUUUAACUAUGAUAACUACCUUUUAUUCUUCACUGUAGUUCUCAAACACAAAUGGUAUUGACGGUGCUAAACAAGUCAACGACUACAUGCCUGCCUCAUCGUAACGUUGUAGCUUUCUGUAUCUGUAUAAUGCAAUCAGUUGUCAACAUUUUGUGAAUGUUGAUUAUCUGACUACCAUUUUUAGAUGUGCUAUUAUAUUCAAUUGGAUUAAAAAGAAGUCACAGUCAAAAGUUUUAUGUAUAAAUAUGUAAAAUAAACUUUAAACAUUUGUUUUGUA